CGCUCUAUCACCUCAUACCAGACUUUGGAUGAAUACAAAGAAAACUUGGCUCCUUGCGAUUCUACCCAAUUUCGUCCAUACUGUGCCUCUGCCUCCGUUUCCGAAAAGACCCAAUCACAGGCUUCAAUCAAUUUGCAUUCUACUACUACUGUCACAACGACUUCUUUUUCGCCUCCACCUUCAUCUAUAGAAAAUUGUUCUCACAUUGCUCCGAAUAUAGAAUGCAGCAACAAUAACAAUUGUCAUGACGCGCACACACGCCUUCUUGGUACGCCUGACUAUUUAGCACCUGAACUACUUCUUGCGCUCUCAGAGACGACCAGUGAACAAUGCUGCUGCGAGAGGCAGCAUCUGCCUCAGACACCACAAAAUGAGACACAUACACUUGAGGUAGAGUGUUGUCCCGCGGUUGACUGGUGGGCCCUGGGUGUUAUUGUCUUCGAGAUGCUCACUGGUCUUCCUCCGUUCACAGGAGACACUCCGGAAGCAGUCUUUAACAAUAUAAUCAAAUUAGGUUAG